AAUAUGAAGGUGGUUAAAAUUUAUAACAUUUGCCAAAGUUGAAGCAUGAGAACAAAAACUAUAUACAAAAAGAGAACAUAAAAAGCAGGGGAAAACAGAGUGAGGGGGUGUGGUGCAGUAAGAGCAUGAGAGUGAAGGUUUUGAUAGAGUUGUUUUAGUUUUUCUGGGUUUAGGAACCAUUGAAAGACAGAGAACAAAGGCUGCAAGAGAAUCAAAGACCUAAACAUGGUAAAGCUUAGGAAGUAAUGAUCUUCAAAGAUUCACCUUUAUUUUAUUUUUUUCCCUUUAUUUAACUUCUCUUCAAAGUACUAUUCAAACCCCCGACUAUCACAAGUCACAACCUACCAUUCUUUCCAAAAAAUAUUCACCUUUCUCUACUUUUUCUACUCUUUCUAGCUACCUACAUAAAGUAGUGUGAGAUUUGAAAAAAGGGUUGUGGAAAGUGAAGUGAGAAGAGUGAUUUUUUCUAUAUUUCAAACAAAAGAGCUAAGUGAUAGGUAUUUGUUUAGCUUAAUACUUGCAUGAAAAUUGCAAAGUCUAAAUAUGUUGAAAAAUUUCACUAUUAUUUCUUUUUAUCUUGUAACAUUACUUUUCAUAGGGUCAUAGCUAAGUAAAUAAAGUGUGUGUACGUGUGACAAUCAUUUAUAUCUAGAAUUACAUAAGUGGUUCUUUUACUUCUUUUUAUUGAGGUUUAGUUUUUUUUCUUUUGUUCAUGGAGAGGAAAAGAAAAACACAUCUUUGUUACAAUUUCUACUUUUUCAUGCUCUCAAUUUUCACAAUGAUGUUCAUCAAUACUUCUACUGCUUCAGCCAUUAAAUGUCUAGAUUCUAGGUGUACCAUAUUUUUCAAAUCUGAUAUAGAUUUUCAGAAAACUAAGGUGGAAAUUGGACAAGGCAUGGAAUCUCAAUCCAAAUCAGAGAUUUCUAUAGAUUGGCCAAGAAGGUUGCUAGGUGGGCCCGGAUCAUUUCCACCGCGAUGCAACGGCAAGUGUGGUAAAUGUACACCUUGCAGACCGGUCCAUGUGCCGGUGCCGCCAGGUACACCGGUGACGGCGGAGUACUAUCCGGAGGCAUGGAGAUGCAAGUGUGGCAACAAGUUAUACAUGCCAUGAAUAUUAAAUCUUCCCUAUGUGUGAUUUAUUUUUGUUUAGUUUACUAUAAAGUUGAUCACUUCAUCUUAGUGACUAUAUGAAGACUCUUAUCCUUUUAUGGGUUGUUUUAGCCUUAGCUUGUGGUAGAUGUUGAAUAUGAAAACAUAGUACAGAACUUGAUUAGACAUAUAUAAAAGAAUCUUGAUUAGACCUA